AUGCCCAUUGAGUUGAUUUUAAUCAUCGCUGGUUUUCUACAGCUCGAUGACUUGAUGAAUCUUUUGCAAGCUGCAAAAGGCCUUGGCCAAUUUCUCACUCACCAUCACCUUGCCGUUAAAGGCGAGAAUGGCGAAACACUACUGCAUCUUAUUGCGAGGGAUGGAGAUGAGAUUCUGUUGAAAAUUCUUCUCGCCAAAAGUUUGAUUACCGCCGUCAAACAUGAUGAAGUUACACCGCUGCAUCAGGCUGCGACGUUCGGACAAACAUCAAGAACGAGGUUCCUUGCCCGCACUAGUAUGAGUAUCAAUGAACUUGAUCGCGAUAAAUCGACUCCUCUUCAUUGGGCUGCUAAAAUGGGACAUGAUCCGAUCGUGAGAAUGCUGCUCGACAGAGAUGGCAUUGAGCCUGACUUGGAGAAUUAUCGAUCUCGAACGCCCCUCUCGUUCGCUGCGGAACACGGACACUUCUCCGUUGUGGAUUUGCUUCUACGGCAAAACAAUGUUAAUCCUAAUUCGAAGGAUUCCUACGAUCGAACCCCGCUAUCAUUUGCUGCAGAAUACGGACAUGUGUCAGUGGUGGAGUUGUUGCUACAACAAGACAAUAUUGAUGCUGACGCGGCUAAUUAUGACCAAGAUGCUAGGGGAAGAUGGCUACCCGAAGACGGUGGUCGUACACCGUUGUCAUUUGCGGCUGAGAAUGGGCAUCUUGCAGUGGUAAAAAUUCUGGUGCAGCGAGACGAUGUUGACGCAGAUUCAACUGAUGAUAGCCAUCGUACGCCGUUGUGGUGGGCUGCAAAAAACGGGCAUUUGGCAGUGGUGGAGCUGCUAGUUCAACGUGACGAUGUUGAGAAGUAUGCAUUCAAUCCACUUUGCGAUACGCCACUGUCAGUAGCAGCUAGCUGUGGCAAGCUAGCCGUGGUAGAGCUGCUUAUUCAAAGGGGGGAUGUUGAUGCUGAUUCCACAGACAGAUAUGGUUGCACCCCUUUAUCAUGGGCGGCUACGGGAGGACACCAAGCAGUAGUGGAGCUGCUGGUCCAGAGGGAGGAUGUUCAAGCUGAUUCGAAAGACCAAUAUGGUCGCACGCCUCUAUCAUGGGCAGCUGCGGGUGGGCAUCAAGCAGCGGUGGAGCUGCUGAUGCAAAGGAAGGAUGUUGGAACCAAUUCCAAAGACAAAACUGGUCGUACUCCUUUAUCAUGGGCAGCUGCGGGGGGACGUCAAGCAGUGGUGGAGCGAUUGGUGAAAAUGGAGGAUAUUGAAGCUAAUUCCAAAGACAAAGCUGGUCGCACGCCUUUAUCAUGGGCAGCUGCGGGUGGACAUCGAUCAGUGGUGGAGCUGUUGGUGCAAAGGAAAGAUGUUGAAACUGAUGGCAAAGACGAAUAUGGUCGCACGCCUCUAUCAUGGGCAGCUGCGGGAGGACAUCAAGCAGUGGUGGAGCUGCUGUUGCAAAGGAAGGAUGUUGAAGCUAAUUCCAAAGAUCUGACUGGUCGCACGCCUUUAAAAUGGGCAUCUGACGGUAGACACCAAGCAGUGGUGGAGCUACUGGUCAAAAGGGAGGAUAUUGAAACUGGUUCUGAAGACAUAUCUGGUCGUCCGACGUUAUUGUAG